AUGACUGCAGUGCCUGAUGGGAAUGCUCAACCAGCGCCUCUGUUUGCAAGUGUCCCUGGAGCUGCAUCAAGUGCGACAACAGCGCUGGGCUUUUUGAAUCAGUGCAAUGUGCCUCCAGCGACACCUCAGGUAAACAGUGCUUUCGAAAUGCUUGGACGACCACCAACGAGCCCUUCAAAGACUGUGGAGUUCAACAAGGAGGAGACAAUGAUGAAGGCCUUGGUGGCCGCGUUGAGCGGAGACCGCAAGUUGCUGCCUGGUUGGAAUGGUAACGUGGAGACCUUGCGUGGAUGGCUGCGCCAGCUUUCUCUAUGGGAGCUGGAUAACAACCUGCCGAAGAACAGAUGGGGUCUCAAAUUGCUUCAGUCGUUUUCUGAAGGGUCUGCCCCGAGGAAGAUAGCUGAGACGAUCGAUGUGUCUACGUUGACUUCAGAUGCUGGCUACGGAGCGAUCCUUUCAGCUAUCCUGGCAAAGUAUGCACCCUUUUUGGAAGCGGCUGGACCAGCCUCUAUCGAAGCUUUCUUCUAUGGCGGCGAGCGAUCCAAGCAGGAAUCCUUCUCAACCUAUGUUGCAGCCAAGGAGGUCGCUUUGCAAGAGUUGGAAGCCAACUUAGGUGAACGGCUCCCAACGAAAAUUGCUGGUCGAAUUCUCCUGCGGCAUGCAGGUCUUUCAGACACUCAACGUGAGGCAAUGGCGGUGAAGUAUAACUCCAUGAUGACCUUCGAACAAGCUUCAAGUGCACUUCGUCCUCUUGAUCGUCCAGAAGCUCUUGUGACGAAAGUGGCCAAGACAUAUAUGGCCGCGACAAACAAUGAAGACCUGUCAGAACAACCUGAUGGGGAUGAGGACGAAGAAUAUGACAAUGAGGAGUUACAGCCGGAUGAUGAUGGCUCAGGUCCAGAGAGCGAUGGCAAUGGGAACCUGACCUACUUGCUCUACGAUGCCAAUGAGGAGUUUACUGAAGAGGAGACUGCCUAUAUCUUCGCCUACAACUCAGCAUACCGAGAUGUGCGUCGUGAACUGCAGGCGAGGAGAAAGGGCAGGCAGUUUUUCAAACCUCGUGGAAGUGGUGUGAUCAAAAAGGGCAAGAACAAAGGACACAAAGGCCAGUCCAAGGGAAAGGGUCAUUCAACCUCUUUCCGAAGUGGUCAAGGUCGAGGUCGAGGAAAUCGUGGAACUCCUGAGGAGCUCAUGGCCAAGACAAGAUGCUUUUCAUGUGGCCAGUUGGGUCACAUGAGCCGAGAAUGUCCUCAACGAGGUGAAGGCCAAAGCUCAAAUUUCUUUGUGUGCCAAGGGAGCUCAGGUGUUCAGAACCGUGUCUACGUCAACAUCUCUGAGUCCAAGGAGAAGCAACUCUCUGUGUUUGCUGGCGUACAAACUCAGGGCCAUGAAGCUGUUGUGGACACGGCAGCAGAAGAAGCUGUGAUUGGUAGUACUGCAAUGUUGCGCCUUCGAGAACAACUAGCUCAACAUGGUCUUCAACCAGUUCAGGCCAGUGGAGCCACGGUGACCUGUGCGGGGAUUGGUGGCAGUGCAAAGAUUGUUGGUGUCUUUGAUAUCCCAGUCGGGGUUGCAUCAACAAAUGGACUUUUGAGGGUGACUGAGAUCACCGAUGAAGGUUCCUUCAAGACGCCCUUCUUGCUGCCGAUCUCCUACAUUGAGUUGGUUGGGGCCACCAUUGACACCAAUCGUGAACAGUUCAUCUUGCGCAAUGGCAAGAGCACUCCAAUGAAACGGGUGCCAUCAGGACACCGCACUAUCUCCGUUAUGGACUUUUUCAACAACAAGUGGAUGGUGCCGGAUCAAUUGCGCGCUGAACUCAAUCUCAAGGAUGUGAAUCCAUUUCUCAUUCCAAAGAAGCAGAUGCGGAAGAAUGUCACCUUUCAGCAACGACCUGGUGUUGCCGUGUGGAUGAAAACAGAAGACCGACGUCAUUUCAUGGGAAUUUUGAAAGGUCGCAGAAACACCUUGGUCGACCCCAAAGAAAUUUUCAGUGCUGCCGUUUUGACAACUUUGAAACCAUCACGGGUGACAGUGAUGUGUUUUUCGAAACUUUUGCAACUUUUGCCUCUGUUGGAGAUGUUGCACCCCAUCAUGCUGCACAACUUCCUGUCCCUGAUCAUGUUUGCGGUGAUGUUCACAAUGCUCUAUCCUGCGAGGCUGCCACCAUUGCGACCAACGCAAGCUUCGGUCAUGCAGUGCAGGACCCAGGGCAAUCAAAAUGUGGGGAUGUGCCAUGCGGUUGUCAACAACAUGUCAAAGAUGUCAAGCAUGUUCACUUCAGUGAUGCAAUUGAUGAUGUUUCAAACAUACCAUGUCAUGCAGUGCAAAGCGUUGGAGUUCAGCCGGCCGACAUCGGCAGCAGCAAUCGGUCUCAAGAGUUCCAGCUCGCUGACCGACGUGUACCUCAAGUUGCUGAUGCCUCCGAAGACCUUGCAGGAUCGAGUGGCAGCAUGGCUUGUGGCAGACGACCAGGAGAUGGCAGAGUCUCCGGUCAGGGCUCACCGCAGUGCCCUGCAGAAGAUCUAUGCGGCUUGGCGCCGAAUGAUCAUCAUGGUCUUCCGCACCUACCUGGAGAUCCUUCAGCAGUCUGCAGCGGACUACCUGGUGAGCAGAAACCAAGGAACAGUCGUGUCCCUGCCCAAGCGCGACCAGCCUGUGGACAAGAAGUCAACCAAACCAGAAGGUCGAGUUCGCAGGGGAAUCGGGCAACCGCUUCCUCGAUCUACAGCCUCCAAAGAAUGGCAGUACGAGCCUUCCAGCUGUGCGCACGCCGAAGAAAUGCUGCGCCAAAGGGGCUCGAAGCAGAUGUUUUGGUGGACUUGCCUUGGAUGCGGAAGCCGCUGGCAGAGAUUGGAAUGGGAGAUGGACCAGGUGGAGAACGCAAAGACAUGUGCAAGUUCAUCCACCGAUCGAGCCAAAGUGAAGGAGCAGAAGGUGACCGCAUCCUCCAGUGCGACGUACCCUGCAAGACUGCCUCCACCCAAGUCAAGGCCAGAUCUGAAAGCCCUGGUGAUUCAAGAUGCAGGAGUACCUCAAAACCUGAUGCCACCUUCGCCCACGGAGGAGCUCGACAAAUCUCCCAAGGACGACAUCGACAAGUCUCCGAUGUCAAAUCCACUGAUGACUCAAGGACCAAUCAUGCCCAAGCAGAAUGUGCAGAUGACAGCGGAUCAGGAGCUGGAGCACCGGAUUCUUCUUGCUGCCGAAGAACGUCGAGCAAGCCGCAGGAAGCUGCUCUCAGGAGGAGGAAAGUCCACUGGCACUUCAGGACUUCAACAUGGUGCCGGAGGACAAGUGAAUGAGACGAAGCAGCAGAAGCCCAAGGACAAGUCGAGAGCAGCCUUGGGAACAGUUGCGAAAGCCGUGAUGCUCUCCUAUGUCGUGAUUUGGUCUUGUCUUGCAGCUACAGAAUCCAGGUUGUAUGACCUGAUGGGCUCACCUAUGCCUCGUGACCCCAGCGCUGCGGAGGAGACCGAGAACGGCAUCAAUCCUUUUGCAUUUUCCUUGAAUGACAGCCUCAAAGAGCUGUCCAGAACUGACUUUGAUGGAAUGCCCAAGUUUUUGGAACGAGGCCAACGACAUUUUGUUGUUGGAGCACUACGAAGCUACUUGGAUGAUGUCGGCGAAGUGUACUCGCCACCACGGAUCACCAAGGAAGCAAAGAAGCAAGGCCUCAAAGGCCAGAUCGCUCUUGACCUCUCAACUGGAUGGGACUUUAGGCGUCGUGAACACCGACAACAAGCAUUGCAACUGAUAGCCAAGAGACGACCUGCAGUCUUGCUGUUGUCACCACCAUGCACGACGUUCUCUCCAUUGAGAAGGUUGACCAACAAAAAGAGAGAUGCUGCUCAAGUUCAAGCUGAAGAAGAUGAAGGUGACUUGCACAUGGAUUUCUCUGCAAGUCUGGCUGAGAUGCAAAAGCGUGAAGGCAGAGGCUUCAUACUGGAACAACCGGCACCAGCGACUUCUUGGAAAAGAACAAAGGUAAAAAGGCUCCUUGACGAUGAGGAGGUCUACACCAUCCGAGUUGACAUGUGUCGCUAUGGUCUUCGAGCUCAAUGUGGACCUUAUCAAGGGGAAUUGGUUCAAAAGCCAACGGUGCUGGCAACAAACAUACCGGAGAUUGCAGCUCAUGCCAACAAGGUGUGUCAGAAAGAUCAUCAACACGGUCUCUUGAUCGGCGGCGCAGCAAAACAUGCCGCAGUUUACACACCUGCCUUUGUCAAAGCAGUGGUGAAUGGCAUCAAAGAAGCUCUUGGAGUGAAGAUGCCAAAACAACCACCGGAACUUCAACAAGCAUUUCUCUUUGGCAAAACCCUCGGUGCUCAAGCUCAGAUUUUUGCUGUGGAUUGCCUUGAAGUGGAUGCCGAAGUUGAUUUGGCCUAUGGACUUAAUGGACUUUACCCUGAACUUCAGGAGGGCCAAGCAUCCACACCAGCCCAUGGACUUUUGCAGCCCGAUGGACUUCGAACGGCUGCGGGGCUGGAAAGAUCCGAUCUUCCAGGAUCUUCCACAGCAAACUUUCCAAUCUCCAUGGAUGUUGAUGCACCGGAGGAAGAAGCAGAUGAAGAUAUGGUGGUUGAAGCCAGACGCCAAAUGCGACUGGUGGGAGAACAACCAGGUGUUGCGAAUGCCCUUGAAAAGAUGGAGGACUUCCAGAAGACUGCCGAUGAAGGUGAAUUUUCUUUGGCUCCAAACCUCCGUCGAGAAGUUCACAGGGUACAUCGCAACCUAGGCCAUCCAGGUCUGGAGAUCUUUGUGCGAGCUUUGCAGAAUGCUGGAGUUCAAGAUCACAUUGUGGCCUGGACGAAACGUCAUUUCAGAUGUCCAACCUGUGAUGCACGACCACGUCCAAAGCCAUCCAGACCAGGCCACUUGAUGCGAGCUCUGGAGUUCAACACAGUGGUGGGCGUGGACCUUUGCUUUUUGGAUUUCAAAGGACACCAGUUCAUCAUACUGAACAUGUUGUGCUGGGGAACCAAUUUUCAACAAGCCAGUCUUUGCAAAGACAAAUCAGCAGAAGAGGUUCUCAAUGGACUUAUGACCUGUUGGAUCCAGCACUACGGCCCACCUGUGCUUUUGAUCAUGGAUCGGGGCAAAGAAUUCUACAACGACAAGCUGCAGAACACUAUUGGCGGCUUGGGAGUUGGUUUGCACUACAUUGAUGCCCAGAGUCCAUGGCAAAACUCCAGAACAGAGCGAGCGGGGGGAAUCCUGAAGGAUAAAAUCCUUGCAACAGCCCAAGCAGCAGCAGCUAACACGGAAGAAAUUCCAAUGGUCCUAUCCGAAGUGGUGACAUGCCGCAACCGCUACAUGGAUCGAUUUGGAUUUUCUCCCAUGCAGAGGGUUUUCGGCAAGAACCUACGCCUCCCAGCCAGUUUGAUGUCCACCGACGCCCUCAACAGCGAGCUCACUGAUGUUGCGGCAGGAGACCCAAUUCACCGAGCCUGGCAAAUUCGUGAACUGGCGUCUCAAGAAUGGCUUCGACGUCAAGAUCAAGGAGCCAUACGCAGAAGCAUCAGAGCUCAAACAAGAACCACAGACCAGGUUAAAAUCCCUAUUGGUUCCUGGGUGUAUGUCUUCAGAGAUUCACCAUCUUACAAAGGAUGGGUUGGCCCAGGAGUCACCAUAGCAGAAGAUCCGUCAGGGAAGUCCACUUGGAUUUCGAUGCGUGGACGACUUUGGAAAGCCUCACAGGAACAACUUCGACUUGCCACACCUGAAGAAGAGCUUGGAGCCGAGCUCAUUGUGGAGCUGUCCAAAGAGAUGCUGACGAAACUUCAAAAGCCUGGCCAUGUGGUCUUUCAAGAUGUUUCUAAAGAAGGUGGUCCCACCGACGACUACUUUGAUGAAGUCAUGAGAACUUUGGAAGUUCGAGAAGAAGGUGACCACCGGCCGAGUCAGCCACGUGAAUCAAGCUCAACUUCAAGUACCGGCAGUACAACUGGCCAAACUUCGAACACUACGGAAUCGGCAAGUUUGGGUCUGGGCAACACCGAAGAAGGUUCAAACUCAGCCAUUGCGGCUGGAUCUGAACAGCCCAGCAGACGUGCGAGUGCGCUGUCUGAACAAGUUGAAGGACAAGAACCUAUGGAAGUGAUUCCGGAAGAAGAGGCUAUGGAUGUGAGCCACAAUGAAGCAAGCAAUCCAGUCAGUGCACAGCCUCCCAACUCUUCCUUUGGACCUUCAACUCCAGCACGGACACGUCCAAUGCCAUACUCAACAGUGCCGAGGCCGAGAACGACAAAUCCUAUGCGAAUGAGGGAUGAUGGAAUCCUUCUUGACCAGCCAGAGACACCGGUGAUCAAUCAAGAUUCCGUCACUGGCCCAACACCAACUCUGACGAAUCGAUCCUUCACACCGGCGCCAUCGAGGGCUCCAUUUCCAUUUUCUUCAGGCGUACCAUCACUGCCUCGUCCACCAGGACAAUCCUUCUAUUUGGAAGUUAUUGACUUCGAUGAAUGUGCUGAAGAAGCUGUCACUGGUGACCGAACAGUUUUCAUUGGUGCAACCUGGAGAAUUGAUCGUGAUCGACGUCAGAAGACGCUACAGCCAUUGAUGGAGGAUGGUGAAACUUUUGCAGGACCACAAGCCGAGGCGAGCUACUCGGUCAGAGAUCGAUGCAUGUAUGUCUCCAAGGCAAAAUCUUCCUUUGGACAAGUUGAAUUCUCCAAGCUGGAAGAAGCCGAGAAGAUUCAGUUCAGAGCAUCUCGGAAGAAAGAGCUGGAGAGUCUUGUAGCCACUGGAGCGGUGGUGAUUCUUUCAUUGGAAGACAGCUUGAAGUUUGCCAAGGAGACGCCAGAGCAGAUCAUCGACUCCAAGUAUGUGGACCGUUACAAACCAGUAGCAGUGUCCCGCCAAAAGCUGGAAGAGUACAAGGUCAAAGCUCUUCAACAAGGUCAUCUGCAGGCCAUUGAACUGGAGACUGACGCCACAAACCCAAAGUCACGGCUAUGUGCAGUUGGUUGGCAGGAUCCUCAGAUCAUGGAGGUGGAACGUUCUUCGCCCACUCCUUUGUCAACAAGCUUGUACGCAUGCCUCCAGUUAGCAGCUAGCAGAAGAUGGAAGACCCGAGUGAAGGACGUGAAGACGGCCUUCUUGCAAAGCCUUCCAACAACGAGGUCCAAGCCCCUGGCAUGUCGUCUUCCAAGGGACGAAACACCUGAAGGUUUGGAUCCGAGGCAGCUACUGCUUCUCAAAACCGAGAUCUAUGGCCUUGUCUCAGGACCAAGCUGGUGGAGACGAACCUUGUUGAAAGUUGCAACAGAAAACCUUGACUAUGUGGUCAACUGCUAUGACCGAUGCGUGCUGACCCUUCCUGCCAAAGAUCCACAACCAAAUGCUUUGAGCGAAGGUUUCAUUGUCAUUGAGGUGGAUGACAUAGCAGAAGCAGGCAGUGAGGAGCACAUGAAACGCAUGCGAGAAUUGGAAGCGACAUUGAAAUUUGGGAAGGUGGAAGAUCUUCAAACUGACCAAGGCACAAACUAUGCUGGCCGCUUUUUGAGACAGCUCCCAGAUUUUUCAUUUGAGAGCAACAUGGACGAAUUUAUCUACACGCGGCUGGAACCGAUUGUGCCACAGCGAAAGGUUUUGAAGAAAGAUGCAAGCAAAGUGAAGCUUUCGGAAAGCGAGAAGACGCAACUACGUGGGUUGAUAGCCUCCUUAAACUGGGUGUCACGUGAAGGAAGACCAGAUGCAGCUUCAGCAGCAUCAAUUCUGGCCUCUGCAUUUCCUGAGCCCACCAUGGAGCACAUCUUCGAAGCGAAUGACGUGGUGAAACAUCUGAAGACUUUCCCGGUAGUUUUGCGGAUCCACGCCAUUCCAGAAAGUAGAUUGCGCCUUUUGUUGAUUGCUGAUUCUGCCUUUGACACCAGUGGGAAAGAAAAAUCACAGCAUGGUUGGUUGCUUGGUUUUACCGAUCCGACCUUGAACCUUGGUGAAAAUGCCCCGGUGUCAUUGGUGCAGUGGCGUUCAAAACGCCUCCGUAGGAAAGCUUCAUCAUCUUUGUUGUGCGAAUCAAUUUCACUGUCGGCUGCGACAGGUGCUCUGGAACGCCUGGACUCUUUCUUUCAGAGCAUUUGCCAGUCAAAUUUCAAUCCUCGUAGGAAACAACUGACCGAAGAUCAGUAUUUGGAAGCCUCUGGAAAGGCGACUGUCAUCGCUUCCGACUCUGAAAGGUUUCAGGACCCACAUGGUGUUUGUGUGAUGGAUGCCAAAAGUCUUUUUGAUGCUUUGUGUUCUGAACAAAGUCAGGGAGAAGAUGACAGAAGCGCAUUAGAGAUAGCGAUCAUACGUGAAAGCCUGUCAGUCUGCAGAAGCCGGCCACGGUGGGUCCCUCACAAUUGUAAUCCAGCAGACAGUUUGACGAAGGUUGCUGGGGGACACCACGAACCACUGUUGAAACUGUUGAAAACCAGCCGUUUUGUGAUUGAGGAUGAAAACGUGGUUCUUAGCCGAGAAAAGCAGUCUGACAGCAGAAGAAAAUCCAACAUGCAGCUCCAUGGAACAAGAGUUUUGGGGACUGAGAAACACAUUCCAGUGACAUGUACAGUCCUUGCUCCGAUAGACGUCUUGGGCACAAGUAAAAACAGGAUAGCCUGUGCUGUGACCGCGCUUCGCGCUCUUGAACAAAAUCCACGACAGUCCCAAGAUCUUCAAGUCCAUGAUGCUUGGCAUCUGAGGCGCCGAUCUGCUCCGGAACAUCUGGAAAUGCACUGGAAGUGGGCCUGGCAGCAAAAAGGAGAAGACUUUACCAACAAUCAGUUGGAUAAAUUUAGCAAAAAGGAAGUCACAGACCCCGCUGUGAACCGCACCACUGUACAGAUGGACAGGGAAGCCCAGCCGCUGGAGCAACUGAAACCUGACUCUGGAAGCUGGUUGCCUUAG